UUUGUUCUUUUAGUCUUUAUCAUCCUUGAAAUGUAAAUAAAUGAAAUUAAUUCAAAAGCAAAUCACUGUUCAGUUAAUCAAAAGGACAAAUCACACACAAAACGGCAUUGCAAUGUUCAAUCGAGUUCUCAUUCUCCCGGUAGACUGAAGCAGUAUGCUGACGUAUAAGCCUUGGUUUCUUGUUGUUCACCCAGUUCUCGUGUGCUACACGUGGAUGACAUUUGCAGAGGCUGCCGAGGAUAAUUCAUCAAGUCUCAACGAUUCAAAUCAACGGAAAAAUCCACAAGACACCACCGAUUUCCAAUUCAGUUUACAAACAAGAGUGAUUUUCGCCACAGCCACAUUAUUCAGCUUCCUGAUAUCUGUGAUAGGCAACUCUCUUGUGAUUUGCAUCAUAGCCAAGCAAAAGUUCAUGAAAACAUCAACCAAUUGUCUCAUAAUGAACUUGGCUGUUUGUGAUAUUUUGACCACUGUACUCCUGACACCAAAUUUCAUCAGAAUAAUUUUUCUUGGAGGCAAAUGGUUUGGCGGUAAUAUUGGAAGUGUCACUUGUAAAAUGGUGGAAUACGGAAACUCUGUUACACUUUAUUGUUCUCUUUUAAACCUAGUUGCUAUCGCAAUUGAUCGAUUUCUUGCUGUCACUCGACCACUAUCUUACAAGCUGUCAGCAAAAUGGCUGGUAAAAAUUUCAAUUCCUGUCAUGUGGUUGAUUUCACUUUCAUUACCUAUAGCAAGUGUGUCUGACACACGAUUAUUGUACCACGACGGUAAUGUGUGGCCAACAUGUGAAGAGGAAAGAAAUCGAGGCUCUUGGGAAUUGUACUUGUCGAUAGCUACUCUAGUCGGGUCAUUUAUCGUAUUGGUUACGCUCUAUCCAGUCAUUUCUUAUCGACUUUGGAGAAGAAACAUUCCUGGUGAGAUGUCUAGCAAUCAAAAGGAACUUGUUAUUCGUACAGCACGAAAGGUCACUAUUUUAAUGAUAUCAGUUGUAGUUGUCUUUUUUGUUUCAUGGGCACCAGCUUUUGUUUUCCUUAUAAUCUCCGAAUUUGGAAACGCUGAUCCAACAUUCAGAACAACUUUAAUACAAUACCCGUUUUUAUUUGCUUUGAGUUACUGGCUAAUGUGUAACAACAGCGCUUUUAACCCUUUGUUGUAUUUCGUAUUUAUUGAAAGUUUUCGUCAAAGCUUGAGAUCGGCCUGUUCAAUAUGUCGGGUUCCUCAAUUCUCAGCACAUAGAAGGAGGCUCGAAGCUGGACAAGGAUUAACGAGAAAUGUGCCAGCUUUGGACAUCAUCAAUAGGGAAGAAGGAAACAUUGAAUUGACGGCAUACUCCAAGUACAGUUCAUAAACGUACAAAACGUUUGUAAUUUAGCUGUGUGGUAUGCAAAAGACCUUGAAGGCCUCAGAUAGGUUAAAAAAGUGAGCCAUG